UAUUUAUUUUUCAUCAACUGCUCUAAAGAUUACCAAGAAACAUACUUAUGUGCAAAGACUUCGUUAUUAACAAUAAUAACGGCUUCAUCCUCAGCUGAAUCAAAGAAACUGUUAAAAAAGUUCAAAGUGAUGGUUAGGAUUUUAUUUUUCUGCUUAUUUGUUUUGAUAACACCUCUUCUUCUUAUUGCGAUAUGGAAUUAUCCGUUUGGUAGAAGAGAAACUUUGUCGAAAUCGAUCGAUACUCUGAUGCCUAUGACGAGUCCAUAUUACGAGAUUGGCUUAAUCCUGCAUACUGUAUGCUGUCCUUCCGCUGUCUUCUUGAAUUUUGUCAUAGAUCUCUGGUUCGCAGUAUUAUUAUCAUUUUUCUGUACGGCAAGUGACAGCCUAGUAACGAAGUUAAAGGUUGACCAUGAUGAAGAUGAAACAGAACUGGAAUAUAAGGACAGGCUCAAUAACAAACUCAAGACAUUUUAUGAAGGUCAUGCUACACUUAUGCAGUUUUUGAGCACUUUGUGCAAAAUGUUCAAAUGGCUAACUAUAAUACCGCUAGUGAACGUUUUGAGCUCAUUCUGUCUCACGCUUUUUUCAAUAUCAGAGGAAUUAGACUGGCAGUUUUUGUGUCAUGCGCUGCCAUGUUUGGUUCAAAUUCUUGCUUACAACUGGUUCGGAGAACAAGUGAAAGAUAAGCAAACGAAACUGGCCAUGGCUCUACUGGACUUCGAUUGGAUAAGCAUGCGUAUCGAAGAUAAAAAGAAUUACCUCAUUAUAAUCAGUUAUAUGAACAAGGAGUACAGAAUCAAAACGGCUUUGGGGAUUGAUCUGUCUUUUGUCACGCUGACCUCAGUACUCAAAGCAAGCUAUCAAGUUAACACUAUACUGAGAACAAUGGAGAUUCAAACACAAUGGAUAUUUCUGACCAACGCGGUCGCUCCUGUCUUACAAACAUUUGCCUACAACUGGUUUGGCGAACAAGUAAAAGUUAAGAAAUCACAGCUAGACAUGGCACUUCUCGAAUUCGAUUGGGUGAGCAUGCGUCAGAAAGACAAAAGGAACUACCUGAUAAUCAUCAGCUAUAUGAACAAGGAAUUCGGAAUUAAAACCGCUUUGGGAGAUGACCUGUCUUUAGUGACAAUGACCGCGAUAUUGAAAGCGAGCUACCAGGCAUACACACUGCUAAGGACUACAGAGACUUAA